AUGGCAACAUCCAGCAACGACAAAAAGAACAACACCUCCUAUCCACCUCCACAGAAUCCACCCCCGGGCAGCUACUCCGGCGGCGCUUCCUACCCCUAUUCAUCUCCUCCUCCACCACCUCCAUCUUCAUACCCCACCACAUUCUAUCAAGCACCAGCAACCACCUUCACAUAUGAAGAAGAACCCCCGGCUGUUGUAAGAUCCUUCCUCUGCGGCUUCAUCUCUGUCAUGACCGCCAUCGUAGCUCUCUUCGGCUUAAUCUCCUUGAUCGGCUAUUUUGUUCUCAAACCCCGUAUCCCUGAGUUCAGUGUCAAUUCAGCUUCACUUACCUCAUUCAAUUUGACCGGCUCCGGUCUCAAUGCAAAAUGGGACAUCACACUCAUUGUCUCAAACCCUAACAAAAAACUCGAUAUCACAUACGACGCCGUUGCUGCCAGUGUCUUUUACGGUGAUGAUGAAUAUGGUGUUCUAGCAUACACUCGUCUCGCACCUUUUCACCAACCAACACAUAGCAAGACCAUGUUACGAGUACAAUUCGAAGUUCUCGAUUAUUUUGUGGAUAACAGUGUAUCUUUCGGUAUUACUGAUGGAAGAGUUCGUGGAUUUGUGCAAUUUGGGGUGGUGGUGAAUACUUUGAUUAAGAUGGAUGGGUUGUUUCAUCCGAGUGAAUAUCGCUUGAAGGUUACAUGCAAACCUUUGAACUUUGGAAUUCCAUCGUCCAACAUUAACAACGUUACUUGGGAAUUAUUGGGUAGUGUAGCAUGUUAA